UAUGGCGACAGUAAGCUGUGCAACGUUCUCUUCACUCACGAGCUCGCCAAGAGACUGAAGGGAACCAAGGUCACUUGCUACUCCCUCCAUCCAGGGGGCAUCAAGACUGAGCUGGCCAGGAAUGCAGACUCGACCGUUCAGAUGAUUCUAUCGAACCUUGGAAUGUUUUUCUUCAAGACCCCGCUCCAGGGAAGCCAAACCACGCUGCACUGCGCCCUGCAGGAGGGCAUCGAACACCUCAGUGGGCGCUACUUCUCCAACUGCACCGUGAGAAACGUCUUCGCCAAGGCUAGGGACGAUGCCGCCUCAAAGAAGCUGUGGGAGAUCAGCGAGAGGUUCUGUGGCAUCUAAAGUGCGUUUUAUUGCUCUUUAACUAAUGUUAUAAAUUUUAGCUGAGAUUUAUUUCAAGCAGACUUUAAACCAAGCUCUCCACAAGUAGUUUGUUUCCUCUAGAGAGAGGAGCUCUUGAAUGACAAAUAUGACAUGAACGUAAACCUUACAUUUAGAAGUCAAGCCAGCAUUGGUUUUAUUAUAUGCACUUCUGUUUGCACUGUUAAGUGGGUAUUGUACGAAGAGACUGUAAGCACUAUUUUGUAGGAAUCUCGUCAGUUCCCUUAAUUACUUAUCCUGGAAGAGUAAAAAUAAAAGUUUUAAAUCAA